AUGGCGGAGUGUUUCACGGUUGCGUCAGUUGACGCUGGGUCGCCUUCUUUCAGCUUAAACAGCGGUCCUUACAGGAACGUUCCGGUGUAUGUGCACCAGGCAAAGGGCCUGCCCGCAGAUGCAUGGGAGCAGGUCUACACAAAUCCCCUCUUUGGGGAAUGGGCUUCUAACCUUUGCCACGAGGGCAGGUUAAAAGUAGAGCGCAUCACCAUUCAGCAGCUGAAGCCGGAGAUAUGCUUCAACGUGGAGGCGACGAACAGUCAAGGCACCGCCGUGAAUGGGCCAGUGUACCUGCGACCGAUGCAGUCUGCCAUCCUGAUCGUGCUGCGUAACUCGGUGACGAAUUUGGAGUUGUGUGUAUUCUGCAAGAGACCGGAUCUCGCCACUGGUCUGAACGCGAGCUUGGCUUUGGUGGAAGGCACCUUCGACCAACAGGGGAAGCUGGAAGGCCCGUGUGGAGCUCUGCUGGAGAAACACCUAAACCUGUCGCUGCACAGAGACGACUGCGUGGACCUCUUGACGGCGGCACAUGGAAGGAUAGUUGGAGAUUCAGGGGUCACCUGCUGCCCUUCCUCAGCAACCGCAGACGCUCCUCCGGCCAUCAGGUCGCGGCUUCUGUUGUACCGAAGUGUCGCUACACCGGACGUGUUGCAGAAGCUGGAGCAUGAUGUAGGAAGGACCAAGAAACACGGGUAUCCCCCAGCAACAAUUGGAACGGAGGAGGGGGACGGUCUUUUGGGCCUUAGCGUGGUGUACAUGGGCGACACCUGGCGCGCGAUGUUGGACCCUCGUGCAGUGUUUGCUCUCUUCCUGCUCGUGGAGUUCCGUUACCACCAGUUGAAGCUCCCAAAGCCCCCGAGAGAUGCAGCGCACGAUGGAAAAACAUUAGCUCGUAGGGGCGAUGCUGGCAACGCAACCCUUGGAGUGCCUCCUAAGAAGGCAGUUGCGCAGUUCAGGAAGAUAUCUUCGCUCAGUCCCCUCUGCACGGGCGUCAACUUGCGCGUUAAAGUUGUCGAGCCAAUCAAGCCCGCACCUGACAUCAUUCUGCCCCGCGGUCAGACAAUCAAGAGAGCCACCAUGGUCGUUGGGGACGACGAAGCAAUGAUAACUCUGAACUUGGAAGGCGCACAACUUGAACUGCCCGACGUCGUGAACACACCCCUGUUGAUCAGAAACGCAAAAGUCGAAAUGGAAGACGGUCACAUGAGACUUGCAGUGGACAAAUGGGGAAAGAUUUCUGACGCUCGAGACGACGACUUCAAGGACUUCAAUUUUUCAGUUUGUACCACCAGAAACAUGAGCGAGCAGGAGUACGAGUUGGUGCACAUGUCGGGAGGUGACGACGCAAACGAGGGGAAUGGCGGCCGUUCCGGCGGGGGUCCACCCUUCGGAGGCAGGGGGAGGAACAUGAGGGGAAGAGGCCGUGGCGGCUUCAGAGGUGGAAGGGGAAGGAGAGGCAUGUAG